GUCUUAAAGGCACAGUAACGGAACAGCCUGUUUAAUUCUAAGGGAUUAAGAGAGGACAGAAAGAUGACAUACGACUUUUUGGCUCAUAAAAUGAGACAAACACUGUAAGUGGAUCUCAAGGAAACAGGCGUUUCCGUAGCCAUGUCGGACGUUCAGGGAUUUCACAUCAACUCUCCUCUGAUUGAAAGCACUGCCAUGGCCAAGCGGCUCGGCACCACCGUGUACCUGAAGAUGGAGAGCUCGCAGCCGGCAGGGUCGUUCAAAAUCCGUGGAAUCGGACACCUGGUUCGCAAGCUUGCAGGUUCAAACUCGCAUGGUGUGGUCUGUUCUUCAGGUGGAAAUGCAGGUUUGGCUACAGUGUACGCGGCACGUAAGCUCAACAUCCCGGCCACCAUCAUUCUGCCGUCGUCCUCGCUGCAGCUGGUGGUGGAGAAGCUGCAGGACCAGGGGGCCACAGUGAAAGUGGUGGGGAAGGUGUGGGACGAUGCGAACGCCGAGGCUCUUCGUCUGGCUGAAAGCGAGAACCUCGUCUACGUCCCACCGUUUGACCAUCCUCUGUUGUGGGAGGGUCACUCCAGUAUCGUCCACGAGCUGAAGGCCUCUCUGCCGUGCAGGCCGGGGGCUGUGGUUCUGUCUGUGGGUGGCGGGGGGCUGUUCUGUGGGGUGAUGCAGGGGCUGGAUGAGGUGGGCUGGGGCAGUGUGCCUGUGCUCUGUAUGGAGACUUUUGGGGCAGACUGCCUCAACGCAGCCAUCAAAGCUGGACAUUUAGUCACUCUACCAGAUAUUACCAGUGAGGCAAAGUGUUUAGGAGCGAAGACGGCCUGCAGUGCAGCGUUUGAGUACAGCAAACGGUCCAACGUCAUCUCAGAGCUCGUGACUGACCGGCAGGCUCUGCAGGCAGUGGAACUAUUCCUGGAUGAGGAGCGUGUGCUAGUGGAGCUGGCGUGCGGAGCGUCUCUGGCCGCGGUGUACAGCGGCGUUAUCCAGCGGCUGCAGGACGAAGGCCGACUGCCCAAACCGCUCGGCCUGCUGGUGGUCAUCGUCUGCGGGGGCAGCAGCGUCAGCCUCGCUCAGCUACAGCACCUGAGGACGGUCUGCAAAUAAUCAGAAAACUACAACUCCCAUGAUCCCAUGAACAAUAGGUUUUCACCUUAAAUACAUGUUUGGUGUCUGAAGUUUUGCACUGAAGCUAUGAGGCUAAUGUAGCUAACCAGUAUUAGAGGCUACACACUGACACUGUAUGACAUGCACUGUAAAAUAUAUUUUGCUGUAAAGUUACAGUAAAUUACUGGCUACUGGUUGCAUUACUUUCACAAUCAUUUACUGAACCAUAUUAACAGUAAACAACAGUGAAAUAACAGCUCUACACUGUGACUCUGCAGUGACCUCCACAGGAUUACUGUGACGUAACUGCAGUCUGCGGUAAUACGGUAAUAAUCUGUAAUUUCCAGUAUUUUAACAUAUAAAAUACACAUCCUCUACAGAGAACACACUUCUGCACAUUUUAGUGCAAAAUUACUGUUUAUU